AUGCUACUUAUCGUUCAUGUGCUCGCACUCGCAAUCGAGUCGCACUUGGUGUUGAGCUAUCAGCUCGAUUUCUCAUGUCCUAUCACAAAAGCGAAAGGGUCUUGCUUGACUUGGAACCUUGACAGAUACUCGAGUCCUGCUUUCUAUACGCCCGUGCCCCGAUAA